CAACACGCACUGUGCUGGAGCAGCAUCAGCAGCAGCAGCAGCACUCCGCGGUCGACACCGUAUUUCGCAUAUAGAGGUGAAAAGGCAACCGUCCUUCUCACUUCCAUCUGUUCGCUCUGGUUGCAUUGCUUUGUUUUAUUCCCCCAUUUUCAAGGUGGUCGGUCAUUGUGAGGCCGCAGCUUUGUUGGUUUGUAAUCAGUAACCUUACCGUUAUGGUGGGUGUGCAGUCACUAGAAGCUACAAUGGCGCCUGUCGCUCGUUGGGCAUGUUUUCUUUUAUCAUGUGGUGUCGCUUCAUCGGUGCUCGCGUCCACUGGCUCGGAUCCACGAGAGACGAAGCUUCACCACGCUAUGACAGACACCCAUAGGCAACACUUCUUCGGCACAGUGGACCCACAAGAAGAAGUGCCCGGCUAUGAGGUCACAACUCCUACCGUAUUGUCCAGCAACAGGCGCAGGAGAUCAGAAGACGAGGGGUCUGACGAAUACCUCCCCAUGUUUCACCUUGAUGCGUUUGGCAGCCGUCACCUGCUCAACUUGAAAAUGAAUAAGGAAGCGGCAGCCCUUCAUUUGCCUGUACAAGUGCUGGGCGCCGACGCAAACAACAGUGAAACGCACGCAAUGGAGACGGACUGCCUCUACCAUGGCUUCGUAGAUGAGCAUGGCCGCCAGUCCGAAGUGGCUGUCACGCAUUGCGGAGGAAGCAUGAUGGGUGCCAUCAAUGUACCGAGUGGCAUGUUCUAUGUUCAUCCUCUCCCGACUUACCUACUAAGCCAUCACACCAACCCUGAACAGCAUACGCACAUCGUUUACAGGGAUCCGCGCUCCAUGGACCUGCUGAAGACUGUUUCUCGCUUUCGACGGCAAGCACCAGCGGAGUCAACCGGCAACAGCAGUGCAAGUGCAAGUGCAAGCGCAAGCGCAGAUCCACCACCCAUUGAACCCCUAAUAGGGCAUUGUGAUGUUCAAGGCGACAGCGACGAAGCAUCCAGUGCACUGUCAGAGUCGUUACAGUGGAUGGAUGUGAACUUUGACCACCUUCGGCUCGGUGACACGCUGAGGCCGAGCAGUCGCCGCUUUGGACGUCAUUUUGUGGAGCUGACGAUCGUCAUGGAUCACUACUCUUACGAGCGUCACGACCGCGAUGUUAAUUUUAUGAAGCAGUAUCUCUUGACCAUCCUGAACAUUGUUACACUGGUUUACCAGCCAGAUAAACUGGUCUCUGGCGACGUGUCAAUACAUCUUGUACGCCUCAUCAUCCUGAGUGAGCCACGUAGUGAUUUAACAACCAGCAGACAUUCCGUCGACUCGCUGAAAAGAUUCUGCAAGUGGGCGACCGAAAUCAACCCAGCACCAAACCACAAACAUCAUCAUGACAACGCCGCAUUGAUCACAGGGAUUGGUGGACUGUGUGCAAACCGGGACACUGACUGCGGAGAGCUAGGUCGUGCCUACAUUGAAGGCAUGUGUGACCCACUUAGGUCUUGCUCUAUAAACAGUGACUCUGGCCUGCAUCUGGGCUGGGUGCUUGCCCAUGAAAUGGGUCACAACCUGGGAAUGUUCCAUGAUGGUGGAUUCCAAGUCUGUCGCUUUGAAGACGGCUAUUUAAUGGCGUCAAGCGUGUCUUUGGCACGGCGCCUGUGGUCUUGGUCACAGUGCAGUCAGCGCUACCUUGAUCACUUCCUGUGGAAACCAGACUCGAGUUGCAUCGAAGAUGUGCCAACUGCCCUGGGCCAGUUCGACUAUCCGGUAGAUCAGCCAGGACGCAGGUUUGAUUUUAACCAGCAGUGUGACCUGCAGUUCCCAGGCACUUUCUAUUGCAGUCGCACCGAAUAUGGAAGAGCGGAUCCAUGUGGUACUCUGUAUUGUGAUAAUGGAAAUCGCCGUGUUGGUUGCUACACAACCUAUACACCAUCAAUGGACGGCACUCCUUGUGGACGUGGAAAGCUGUGUUAUCGCUACAAUUGUGUGGAUGAGGCAGAUGUUCCACCAUACCUAACCCACCGCAGUAUUGAUGAUCAGAGUCGUGCCGAGAUACCCGAGUACUUGCCUGGAAAGCGGCCAAAGCACCUACCACCCCCGGAUAUACCGCCCCGGAUCACAAAUCGACCUGUCGACGGUGGCUGGACUAGGUGGUCGGCGUGGUCGCAUUGCACUCACAGCUGUGGCGGCGGUGUGCAGUAUCAAAGUCGCACAUGUACGCAGCCCCCGCCACAGAAUGGCGGCACAGACUGUAAGGGAGCAACGCGGGGCUACCAGAUGUGUGGAAGAAAGCCAUGCGUAGCGGGUGAAGGGCAUGGAAGAACUGCCUUGUGCCAAGCAAGCACGGGAAACCGCAGGCUAAAGUUCAUCAGUGUUGACAGACCAGAUGCGCCAUGUUCUCUGUGGUGCAAAAUUGAGGGAUCACCAUCCAACGCGGUCAUGAGGCAAACUAUCGUACCAGAUGGCACCGUUUGCUUGUCACAGCAGAGAUCCGAAGACAGAUGUGCACGCGGAAAAUGCGUUAAAUUUGGCUGCGACGGGAAAGUGAACUCCACAGCUCUGUGGGAUGUGUGCGGCAUAUGCAAUGGCGACAACUCGUCGUGUGUGCACACAGCGCUGUUCAGCAGGCAAAUCACCAGAUCUGGCUACAACAAGCUCACGGAUGUUGAAGCAAAUUCAAGUAACGUUGAGGUGGUAAAGUUAAGCUCUACCAGGACUGUUAUAUUGGCUGUCAGGAUACCCAACGGACGUCGGACGGUUCAAAUCCAACGAGGGGAAAACAUCUACAAUCCAGUUUUGAGAACGAGAGUUACCCACAGUGCCAAUGCCGGGCAGCAUGAACGCAUUGUACUGCAUGGACCACUGGCCUUUGCUGUUGAAAUUGGAGUGUGGAGUAGGAAUGGCGUAAACCCUGGCGUUCUCCUGUCGUACCAGAGGCCGCGUAGACCUGUAGCAGCGAGUGGGCUUGCAUGGGUGCCGUUCCGACAAGCAUGCUCUGUCACUUGUGGACGAGGCCUAAUGUACUUUCACCUGAGGUGCAUGGAUGUCUAUGGAGGGAAAGUGAAAGAUGAUUCAAAGUGUGCAGGAUUGGUCAAGCCCGCUCGCUCAGGGGAAGCCUGCAUACUGAAACCCUGCCCAAUAAAUCCAGUGCAUGGACGAUGGAGUUUGUUUUCAGUUUACACUCACUGUUCGAGGAGUUGUGGAGGUGGAACGGCCUAUCGCGAACGCAUCUGCAACAAUCCAAAGCCAAAGAAUGGUGGACGCCCCUGUGAGGGCGCAGCACGUACCUACAAGCUCUGCAAUGCCCAGCCGUGCUCUGAUCUUCGAGACUGGAGGGUGAGAGAGUGCAGUCAGAUCAGACUUCCUGCCAGUGAGCCACGGCUGACGCCAUACUGGCAAGCGGAUCAAUGUAGCUUCUAUUGCCACUCGACUCUGAGGGAGCCUGUGAGAUUUCUGUCCUCUGUGCCCGAUGGCACGCAAUGCACACCAUUCUCGUCGGAUCGUUGUCUCAAGGGUAAAUGCAUGAAUGUUGGCUGUGAUGGUGAAUUCAACUCGAGUAGAGUGAAAGAUGUCUGUGGUGUCUGCAAUGGAAAAGGCAGUGGAUGUCGCUUCAUCCAGGGUGGUGCUCGACUGGAUAUGAGUGUGAAGAAAGGGUAUACUGAAGUCGUCAAACUCCCAGCAGGGGCUUUCAAUGUCUUUCUGCAGCAGACAACAGUUGUGCGCGGUGCAUUCAUUGCGUUGUCAUUCAAUGCCCAAAGAACCUGGGCAGCUAACAGAACGCCAACCAUACCACAUGAUGCACAAGUGGCAAAAAACUCGACAUUCCAAGACACGCCUUUGCUCUACCAGUACUACAUCGGACUUGGCGAAUCCAUAAACGUUCAGGGUCCGCUGCGACAUGAGACAACUGUGGAGAUCUUAGUUUCCAGCAAGAACAAUCUCACUCUCAACCGUGCACAGCUGGGCGUGAAGUACGAGUACGCUUUGCCACUGGAUGUGCGUGACACCCCCAAGUACAAGUGGGUGAUGGUCUAUACUCCCUGCUCAGUCACCUGCGGAACAGGCCUACAAAUGCGAAAGUAUGCUUGUGAAAGCAUUUCCACCCGGAUCAAAGAGGACAAUGCGAAAUGCCGAGGGAUCUGGCGCCCUUCCCGCAACACCGUACCGUGUACUCGCUCACCAUGCUCAGCGACGCCAGACUGCACACCUAUCAACGGAGGAUGGAGCACGCGGUCUGUUUAUACUGCCUGCUCACGUCCAUGUGGUGGUGGUGUGAAGUACCGCGAUCGCACUUGCAACAAUCCACGACCAAGUUGCGGAGGAGCGGAGUGCAUAGGACGAUCUCGGGAGUAUAUCAUGUGCAAUAAUCAGGAUUGUGACACCCGUGAGGAGUACAGCAGAGCGCGCCAGUGUAACCAGACGUUUGGAACCGACUCUGGACUUGUUCAUCCAUUCUAUGGCGGCAACCCAUCACAGCACUGCACUCAGCUACAAUGCUACCGAGGCGUGACGAAAGCCGUCCAGCAGCAGACAGUGCGAGUGGAGGACGGCACACCGUGCACACUCCACUCGAGAGAUCGCUGUGUCAGCGGCAGGUGUGAGAGAGUCGGGUGUGACAAUGUCUUCAACUCAACACUAGCCACAGACAAAUGUGGCAUCUGCGGCGGAGACAAUUCAACUUGUCGUCAAGUUACGGGUCUAUUUAAUACCAGAGGAUCUAGUUGGUACAUCUCCUUACCAGUCAAUACUGUUCGUGCCAAGAUUCAGAUGAGGCCAACCACCGAGCCCGUAUACAUCAUUGCCAGAGACCCAGAUCAGGAGAACUCACAGGAGUUUGUGAUCGCUGUCCUAGACGUGGGUGUCAGCAGGGUGCGGUACAGCGAUGCAGAGCUUGUUCACUCGCGCUACUUUGGCAUCCCAGAGACCCUGGAAGUCAGUGGACAUUUGAAGCGUCCGCUGAGAGUGGAAAUAUACCGUGGCCGAGCUACCACCUUCCGCCCCACAGCAACAUAUGACUACUCGGUGACUGCGCUGGAGUGGGGUCAAGACCUUGACCGUCCAGCCUGCCCGGUGACAUGUGGAAUAGGUGUUAAGACUGCAGUCGUGCAGUGCAUGGUGGGAACAAAGUCCGUCAGCAAUAGCCUCUGCAAAACCUUGAAGCUUUCCAAGCCUAGUUCUCUGAGACGCAAGCGCUGUCGUUCAGGAGCACCGUGUCCUAUCGUGUAUCGGUAUGAAUGGAAGCCAUACCCAUGGACUCAGUGGACACGCACCUGUGGAACUAUGGUCCGGCAGCGCCACAUUGUCUGCACACAAACUGCUACAACGGGACCAGACCGCGGCAGAGAAAGGGAAGUUCUUGAAGAGAAUUGCGAGAGUAAGCAAUUGCCUCAGCCGGAAACGGUAGAGUUACGACGGAUGCGCUGUCCCGUGUAUCGCUGGCACACAGGUGAUUGGAGAAGAUGCUCGCGCAGCUGUGGAGGAGGUGUUCAGACCCGUCGUGUGCGUUGUGUUGUUUCCAGAGGUGACACGCCCGGCCUCACACAGGUCAGUGGUAGCUUGUGUGAUGCCAAUCGUCUGCCGUCCAAUCAGCAAACCUGUUCCCGGCAAGCCUGCUUCGUGACAACUCCUGCUCCUCCACCGACCACCACACCAACCACCACUCCAACCACCACACCCACGACAACACCCACUACAACUCCAACCACUACACCCACCACCACUCCAACUACAACACCCACUACCACCCCGACUACCACACCAACCAUAACGCCCACCACCACGCCUACAACACCCACGACGACACCUACCACUGCACCCACCAGUGAGCCGACGACCACAUCAAGACUCACAAUUCCUCCAUUGACCACCGACAUGCAGGUCAUCACUGACUUCUUCUCAACACCAUAUGAUCCUGUAAGAUCUCCGCAUCUUGUGGUGACUACCCCGGCUCCUACAACCAGCACACAAGCACCAUUCCCAGCAGUUCUGACCGACCAAGCACCGCAAGCUUUCCUCAAGAAAGAGCAUGUUGAUCAGUUGAAAGCUGCAUUACCACUACGAUGGGUUAUGGAGCCUUGGGGAGAGUGUAGUAUAUCAUGCCAUCAAGGUGACCAGCAUAGACGUGUCUAUUGCAUGCGGCUCGGAUCUGAUCAUGAGGUUGCUCUCAUGUACAGGGAUGAAGAGUGCCUAGAACACUUGCUGAACGAAGUCAAGCCUCACACUCUGCGCACCUGCAACACUGACUGAGACUAUCUACAUGCCAUCGGUAGACAAUGCAAUGGCAUCCGCCUAUUCAAAGGCCAAGGUCACCUUGUGGCAAGUACUGAGUGUUGAGUUCAACUGGUGAUGGGGAUUAGUUUCUUGACUACCCAUGCCAUCAUGACUACCCAUGGCUUCAUGCUGUACAGGACGUAAACUAUAAUUAUCACCAAUACUAUAAUUAUGUAUACACAAUUGCCUACGGUAUUGGAUUUGAUUGAUUUGGUACCGAUGACGAGUGAACAAUGGAAAUAUCUUCUCGCCUCCCCCUCCCCCUGCCCUCCCCCUGUCCUCGCCUCUCUCUCUCUCUCUCUCUCUCUCUCUCUCUCUCUCUCUCUCUCUCUCUCUCUCUCUCUCUCUCUCUCUCUCUCUCUCUCUCUCUCUCUCUCUCUCUCUCUCUCUCUCUCUCUCUCUCUCUCUCUCUCUCUCUCUCUCUCUCUCUCUCUCUCUCUCUCUCUCUGUCUCUCUCUCUGUCUCUGUCUCUGUCUCUGUCUCUGUCUCUGUCUCUGUCUCUCUGUCUCUGUCUCUGUCUCUGUCUCUGUCUCUGUCUCUCUCUCUGUCUCUCUCUGUCUCUCUCUCUGUCUCUCUCUGUCUCUAUCUCCUUUUUCUCCUUUUCUCUUCUCCUUCUCUUUCUUACAUAGUCCUCUCUUGUCUUCCUCUUUGUCUGUCUCAAUUGCUAUGCUGCUUUCACUAUCUGCGCAUCAAAGUUAGCAAUUGAUGAGAGUUCCAGCCAAGCGGAUGAUGGUUCUGAUCCAUCAGUACACACAGCUAUGCUAAGCUAUAGUGUGCGACCCCAUGUACAUUUUCCCCUGGUGUCCCACCUCACUGCCUUUAGAGAGUGUUCCAAACACAGCAUAUCUGAAUACAGCGGCCAGCUGGCAAUGAAUAUUUUGCACUGUAUAAUACUACUUGAUACCAAUUUCCAAUUUCUUAUAAUUAUUUUCUGGCUUCUGCAACUCAAAGAUGUUGAACAUUGCAUACUCUGAUUAUAAACAUUGGCAGACUAAAAAUUAUGAUCACGUUGUAACUUGGUUGGCUGUGCGUGAAUGAAUGACCAUGUCAUCUGAAAUGAUUUGUCGUGGAGCCAAGUCGGGCGACUUUAUUGUUUCUCUUUC